AUAGUUCUAACUGCUCGAUUAACCUCUGUAUUCUUAACCGUGGCACGUCUCAAAAAUGAGGUUGGAGAAGUGCUACUUUUGUUCGUCUACGAUCUAUCCUGGACAUGGGGUACAGUUCGUCAGAAAUGACUGCAAGGUAAAGAGACUAAGAACAUAAUUUUCAUUCCAUUGAUAAGUAUGUAAUGGUUCUUUUUGCUUUAAUCGCAGAUUUUCAGAUUUUGUCGAUCAAAAUGCCAUAAAGCUUUUAAAAAGAAGAGAAAUCCCCGUAAGGUUCGUUGGACUAAAGCUUUCAGAAAGUCGUCUGGUAAAGAAUUGGCUGUCGAUCCAACAUUUGAGUUUGAAAAGAGAAGAAAUGCUCCAGUUAAAUACGACAGACAAUUAUGGAAAAACAGUAUAAAAGCUAUGAAGCGCAUUGAAGAGAUUCGAGUCAAGAGACAGAAUCAACAUAUUAUUAAUAGGUAAUUUACUAAUUACUAAAAGAUACAUAAACAACUGAGAGUGUCUAACAAUUGUUUUUAUUUCAUUACAGAUUGAAAAAAGGCAAAGAAUUAAGAAAAGCAGAUGAUAUAAAGGAGGUAGAAAAGAACAUGCAUUUGAUUCGAGCUCCGGGUGCCAAAAAGAAGAAGAAAUUGGAAGCAAAGGUUGUUCAAGUUGUUGAAGAAUCGGAUGAGGAAAUGGAAGAAAUCUAAUUUAACAAACUUGUUAUAUUUUUUGUAUUAUAAUUAUGUUUUACUUUUCUGCAAUAAAUAUAUUGUAUUGUUAAAUAUACAAGAAUUACAAAAGAUGUCACUACAUGUCUUGCCUAUAAAAACUGGUGAUCGCUCUAUGAAAUAGUCCAGUUAGAAAGAAUCAUUCGAACAGUUACAUUCGUUGCAGACAGUUUUAUGAGACUAUGGAUAAUGGCAUAACUUUGCCUGCUGACGUUCAAAUCCUAAGUCAUCAAAUAGCCGGUCACCGUUUUCAGAAAGAUGAAAAUGGGGGCAUAAAAAGCGGUUUACUACAAAAAGACAAAUAUGUAUUAAAACCUUUGCAAAGUCCACCAAGAGGCGAAGUGGAAGUGAAAUUUUACAGAACAAUAUUUGAUCUCUCUAUAAUUAAUCCAGUACAUGAAGAGCUUCGAAAUUUGGUUCCCCCUUUUUAUGGUACUGAGGAAUACAUUAUCAAUGGAACUAAUAUUACAUACCUAAAAUUGCUAGACAUAGCAAAACCUUUUAGAAAGCCAUGUAUAAUGGAUAUUAAAAUAGGAAAAAAGACUUAUGAUCCAAAAGCAACAGAGAAAAAAAUUAAUUCUGAGACUCAGAAAUAUCCGCGAAUGGGGGAAAUUGGUUUCCGAAUCUUAGGCAUGCAGAUUUACAAGCCAGAGGAAAAUAGUUUCCAGUUUAAGGAUAGGUUCUUUGGAUUAUCUUUGGAGCCUGAGGAUGUAACUGAAAAUGGCUUAAAGCUGUUUUUUACUCAAAAAUCCAGCUUACGAAGAGAUGUUUUACAGCUAGUUUUAUCCAAAUUAGGGCGUAUCAAUGAGUUUUUCCAUAUUCAAAGGGAAUUUGCAUUCUAUUCCAGUAGUUUGCUUAUUAUAUACGAAGGUGACGAAAGCCAAUCACCUGUUGAAUCUCUAGCUGAUGUACGAAUGAUUGAUUUUACUCAUGUUUUCGAAACCAACGAGGCUGAUGAUAACUACAUUUAUGGUAUAGGAAUGCUUAUAAAAUCGUUGUCUUCCUUACUAUAG